CGGAGGAGACGGUUCAUUCCAGCUAGCGGACGGACGGACGGACGGCUAAACGGCUUCCGACACGUUGCACUUUUAUUUGUGGAUAUUCUUUCCGUUUUUUCUAACAUAAGGGACCUUUAUAGAAAGAAAAAGAUAAUCCACCCGCCUCCCUCUGUCACACAGAUAGCAUGGACAGAUUCUACGACCAGCAGGUCCCUUUUAUGGUCCCACCCAGUCAGAACUCUGCCGCAGACGAAGCGCCCAGCGGUCGGCUUCUGAACGACAGGAAGAGGAAGUUCGUGGACACUGAGCUGGCCCAGGACACAGAAGAACUCUUUCAAGAUCUGAGCCAGCUGCAGGAGAUCUGGAUCGCAGAAGCCCAGGUUCCUGAUGAUGAACAGUUCGUCCCAGAUUUCCAGUCAGAGAGCCGUAAGUACCUGGACCCCCCCACCCAGUCUCUUCCAUCCAGAGUAGGUGGUCCCACCGAGAUGAAGCCCCCCUUGUUUUUAGCCUUUAAUCCCAGUUCUAACAUUGAGCUCCUGUCUGCUCUGUUUCCAGAAGUGCCUAACUGCCAGUCGUCCUUCGGGAGGGCGGGGAGCUUCUACCAAAACCCCCAUGACAGCUACGCGUAUGACAGAGAAUCCCAGCUGUACUUUGAUGACACCUGCGUGGUUCCUGAAAGGUUAGACGGGAAAAUAAAACAGGAGCCUUCUGCUUACCGGGAGGGCCCUCCUUACCAGCGCCGCGGCUCCCUGCAGCUUUGGCAGUUCCUGGUCACCUUGCUGGACGACCCGGCAAACGGACACUUCAUCGCCUGGACCGGGCGGGGCAUGGAGUUCAAACUCAUCGAGCCCGAGGAGGUGGCUCGUCGCUGGGGAAUCCAGAAAAACAGGCCGGCCAUGAACUACGACAAGCUGAGCCGCUCGCUGCGGUAUUACUACGAGAAGGGCAUCAUGCAGAAGGUGGCGGGUGAGCGGUACGUCUACAAGUUCGUCUGUGAUCCCGAGGCUUUGUUCUCCAUGGCGUUCCCCGACAACCAAAGGCCCAACCUGAAGGUGGACCUGGACGGCCUGCAGGGCCUGGAGGACGACACCGUCCCCCUCACCCACUACGACGACGCCGCCUCCUACCUGCUGGAGGCGGGGGAGCAGUGUGCCCCCGCUCUGGCCUUCCCUGACAACUACGGCUACUGACAGGCUGCAUGUGUCCUGACGCACAACACACACGUACAUGCAAACACUCCCAAAGUUUCUCCUCGCGCCCGCUCUGAAAUUUCAGAGCUGGAACCGCAGAGCUGCCCGGAGGGGAACGUGACCUCUGCUCCUUCCGGGUUCCCUCUUCUGCUCCCUGGAAAAUCCCUCUGAAACCUCCGGAAGCUCGUAAACGAGGGAAGAACCCGCCGCGGCUCCUUUCGCCGCCAGGAGAGGUUCCUGAAACCAGGGCGAACUGGACUCUGUAGCUCCAGCACUCUCCAAAGCAAGGCGAGGGCCGUCGUUGCCACGGAGACCAAAGCCCAGCGGCUUUGAGCGGACUGACAGACGCUCUUUGUACGAGACGGCGGGAGUCGUCGUUUUGUCCGACUUUGUGACAAUCUUGUUUAACUUAGAAGCAACCAAUCACAAGCCGUUUCCGAUUCAGCACUAUUCUGUCCAGAGUUGCCUUUCUGGGUUCCCACGUUUGCAUCCGAUCAGUGAAAGGGCUUCGAU